CUUCAGUAUGGCCGGCGCCGCGGUACUACCACACUACGGCGCAGCUGCUUCAUUGACCUGAUCUAUCUGUCCUUUUCAUUUGCAUGCUGAGGAUCAUUUCUAUCAAAUUGCCCGUUGGCGCAGCUCUCCGUUUGACUUAAAUCUCAUUACCAAGCGCGCUGGACUUCGCCGUUAUUUUCCUCGAGUCUCACUUAGAACGAGUCAUCUAGAAUGGCGAAGCAAAAGCCUCUGACCCCUCAGGAGAUCUACCGAGCCCGGAGAGCGCGAGAAGAACGAGAGAAGAACGCACUACUACCGCCGGGAUUGUUAAACCAUGGUAAUACAUGUUUCAUGAACUCUGUGUUACAGGGUCUGAUCGCUACGCAAUAUCUGUCUCAUCUUGUCCUAUUCCAGGAUAUCCCUCCCGCCGUCCACCUGUCCGCAUUAAUCCCAGUGGCGUCUCACCGAUCACCUGAGUUGACGAAUGGCCAUGGUCUAGCAGGUCCCUACGAACGCCCUUGGACCGCGGGAUUAUACAUCGGUGAUCGGUUUGUGACCCUCUUGCGGCAGGCGUGGGCCAUGCAAGAUGACCGACAGAGAAAUUAUCUGAAGCCCAAAGAGCUUUUAGCAUCCCUUGGGCAGAAAUACGACCAAUAUCUGGACUUUCGCCAGCAAGAUGCGCAUGAAUUCCUGAGACACCUCCUUGAUGCAAUGCAGAUGGAGGAGGUUGACAUCAUCAAAAAGCGGCAGCCUUCUGCUUCUAUCAAGGGAAAAAAGAGAAAACGCACAUCUCCUGUGAAGGCACACGCGUCGCCUAACACUGACACUCAUGGUCGUGCGAAUAUCGGUCAUUCACCACUGGGACAGGUUGUCAGCGCGCCGAACUCUGAUCCAUCGCUCCCAGAGGAAGACACGUUAGCGCCGUUUGUUGACAUGCUUUUCGGGGGUAAGUUGGCCAGCAUCCUCGUGUGUCAGGCUUGCAAACACGUUUCCCAUACAUACGAGGACUUCAACGACCUCAGCUUAAGCAUAAAGGCUGAGGACUAUGCGCGCGAACGCAAGCGGGACAAGCUGAAGCAACUCGCUAAGAAACUGCGCAAUAUAUCCGGAACGGCGCUCAGCGUCAUUCCUAUGCAGCGAUCUUCUUCAGUCCCGGCUACUCCACAUAGAGAUUCGACGUUGGAGAACCAAGAAGUCGUAGAUCCUCAUAGACGACGUAGCAUUGACGUGGCGGACGUCGAAGUGGCUGCUGUGGUGGAGAUACACGCGGACCACGAUACCAACCAUGAAAUUACCACCGGAACAGACGCACCCCUACCCCAGCUCGAACUACACAUCGAACAUCACCCACCGGAAUCUGACAAUUCACCUGCUGCAACUCCUGACUUCCGUAUUAGCGAGACACUAGAAGCUGAAACCCCACAUAAAGGACGGGAACAUAUAGAGAUUAGCGAACCUUCUUUAGGCGAUGGUCGCGAGAAAAGAGAGAAGUCGGAAAGCUGGUCAAAGCUUGGGCGAAGAAUUAGCGUGUCAGUUGGACUCACCAAGCAAUCCAGGGAGGAUCGACGUCGCUCGAAAGAAGUGAAGAAAGCGAAAAAAGACGCAUUGCAUCAGCGUAAUGCAAAGGACGGCGAUACCUACCCCCGGUCUCCAUCUCUCCAUACCACAGUACCCACCGUCCAACCUGUUGACUCUCCUGACGUGAAUAUCGAUCGAGAACCGACAUCUCUUAGCGCCGUCAACGACAUGUUGCAGGCACAACUAGCUGCAGUUAAGCGGUCUUGGUCGCCAGUGCAAAGGUCCUCCCCUUCACCCUCAGCCUCCUCCACACCUCGUUUUCCUCUCAUCUCCCGACCACCUACUCCCUCCGUAACAAGCAAACGUCCGAAAGUUCCCAGAACCCCAAAAAUGAGUGCUGAAGAAGCAGCUUAUUUGCGCGAUAUCCUAGCCGAUAUCAGUCCAGGAGGAGCUGCAAGUCCAUUUUCUAUCUUCAAGCAGACGAAGGAUCAGUCUAAUGCGGGCCCUUAUACCACUCAAAAUAUGUUUCUGAAGAUCCCUCAGCUUGGCGGUCUGGAAGAGUGUUUGAGAUUAUUUACCUCAGUCGAGGUUCUCGACGGGGAGAACAUGGUCAAGUGUCAUCGCUGUUGGAAGAUUGCCAAUGGCCUUUAUGAACCCAAGUCGAGCGGACAAAAUCAGGAGUCCGAUUCUUGCACUGAUAGUGACGAUGAAAACGAGAGCUCGACUGACGAUGAUCAGCCCAUACACACCCAACUGCCAAAUGGGAGCGCCCAUCUACCAAUGCUGAAUCAUACCGAUCGUCUCAGGUUUUUGAUUUCUUCCUCAAGUUCUGUCACUUCCUUUCACGAUACUCCUGAUAGCCAUGAUACCCCAAGAUCACUCUCGGGUGAUACAGCUCUUCUUACCUCUUACGAUUCACAUUGUAGUAUUAAACCUCUACCGCCUUCCUUGGAGCUGAUGAACGAUGAUCGUUUACCCUCUACAUCAACACCUCGUCCUGCGACAUACGGUGGUCUUCCUAUUCCAUCGAUAUCUACCACCGGUCCGGAGUCGCCGAUGUCUAUCAAGACAGCCAGGCCCAUUGCCACAGCCUCGUCUACCAGUUCCAUGUCAUCCCAGGCGUCUUUGCACGCUCCCACACCAAAGCGUGACAAGGAGAAACAUCCCACUAAUAUAAUGGAGAGCGAGGGCUGUUCUGACGAGGAAAGUGGGACAUCUGCUAAUUUAUCUGCUUACUCGGAUGUUUCUUCUACUGCUGCAUCACCGGUAGUAUCACCAAACGUCUCCCACGAGAACCUCACAGUAUCUCCAACACCUCACGCACCGCUGAAACAGCUUUCAGGGAUGCCUGAUUCCACGGGUGUCCCUCUGUCCAAGAAAGUGGUCAUGCGAGCCGCGUAUAAACGAUAUCUCAUUGCCACUCCCCCGCCGAUUCUCGUCAUUCACCUAAAACGUUUUCAACAAAUGUCGAAAGUUCCCAUCAUGUCCUUCUCCUCCAGUUUCAAGAAGCUCGAGGAUUACGUAUCAUUCCCAGAAUACCUCGACAUUGCGCCAUACUUGGCACCAAAGCGGGAACAGUAUGCGGAUGCCAAGGUGGGGCACGUUCGCGGUCGAACUAAACGUCCCGAACGGUGCAUGUACAGGCUAUAUGCCGUCGUCGUACAUAUUGGGAACAUGCUUGGUGGUCACUAUAUCGCAUAUACAGCCCUCCCUUCGGCCACGAAGGAGGAUGAACAAACGUCAUCGGUAACUGAAUCCGAGAACUUGUCGCACACGGAUCGACCACAUCGUGACUGGGCAUAUAUUAGCGAUACCACAGUGCGGCUAUCCUCUUUGGACGAGGUCUUAAAGAGCAAGGCAUACAUCUGCAUGUACGAGAGGAUAUAAAUUGGACUCGGCAUAUUCCGUUCACCUCGUCGUUUUUCACGUAUCUUUAUCCUUUUUGCUUUCCCAUAAGCACUAGGGUGGCCUUGUUUUAUCAGAGCUGUAUAGCUUGGACUUGAAAUUUAUAUGUAGAUUUUGCGUGUGCGUUCACUCCCUUGUUUUCGAUUGAGCAAGCAAGGUUUUUGCUGAU